GUCGCGCUCCCUCGGCCCCACCCAGACCCCGCCGCGAGGGGGAGGGAGGAGGAGCGCCCGAGCCCAGGAGGUGCACACCUCUCCCGGGUCCCGACCCUGGACUGGGGUCGGCAGCGCUCGGGAUGGGCUCUGUGUUCACGGGAGGCGAAGCGAGACGGGGCUUGGAAACCCAGGUGGAGAAACUGAGGCCCCAGAGGUAGAGGGAGAGGGCUUGCCGGACACUCCCGAGUGAGCAGCGGCCUAACCCCCAGAACCCCUGCCCUCCGCUCACUGUGGCCGGGGCUAUGCACCGCUUUGCAGCCGUUCCCGCGCACCCUCCACCCGGCGCAGUCCCCCAUCCACUGAGGCUGGGGGCAGGGGAUGACUGGCCCAAGGUCACCGACAGCGGGUUGAGGCGCAUUUCCACCGUUCCCUGGAGGACCCGGGUCCAGUCUCCCAGAGAAGUGGACAGCGGCCACCUCACUACUUUCCGGGAAUCCUGGGCGCCCCUCCCCGCGCAUCCUGCGCUGGGACUGCGUGUGUUCUCGCUGUGCCUCGGGGCUUGAUUCCAGCAAAGGGUGAUUCCCUCCCUCGUGCUGCUAUCCUGGGCUCUUGGCCGGAGGCCUCCGCCCAAAUCGGAGAAUGGACCGAGGGAGGGAGAUGCGGGAGCCAAGGCAGGGGCCACCGCCUCCAUGAAUUGGGCCCCAGCCUCUCUCCGAAAGGACAGCUGGAAGCAACAGCUGAGCACCGAGCUGUGCGCCUCCCAGAGCUGCCAGAGCUGAGCCCGGGGAUCCAGCGGGACCUAGCGUCCACAUGACCCCGGUGUUUCCAGGACCUCAGAGACCAGGCUUAGAGCCUGACACCCCUGGGAGGGGACAGCCCGAUCCGCCCAGGCCGGUGGGGCCUCUGCAGGUGCCCGAUGCAUCGCCAGAGACUGGCCCUGGGUCUGGGGAUCUGCCUGUUGGUGGGCACAAGCCUCAGUGUCCUGUGGGUGUAUGUUGAAAACUGGCUACCGGUCUCCUAUGUGCCCUAUUAUCUCCCCUGCCCAGAGAUCUUCAACACGAAGCUGCACUACGAGAGGGAGAAGCCGCUCCAGCCCGUGGUAUGGUCACAAUACCCCCAGCCCAAGCUGCUGGAGCACAGGCCCACACAGCUGCUGACACUCACACCCUGGCUGGCGCCCAUCAUCUCCGAGGGAACCUUCCACCCAGAGCUUCUGCAGCACAUCUACCAGCCGCUGAACCUGACCAUUGGGGUCACGGUGUUUGCCGUGGGGAAGUACACUCACUUCGUGCAGUCCUUCCUGGAGUCAGCCGAGGAGUUCUUCAUGCGUGGGUACCGGGUGCACUACUACAUCUUCGCUGACAAUCCCGCAGCCAUUCCCCGGGUCCCACUGGGUCCCCACCGGAUCCUCAGCACCAUCCCCAUCCAGGGCCACUCCCACUGGGAGAUUUCCAUGAGCCGGAUGGAGACCAUCAGCCAGCACAUUGCCAAGAGGGCUCACCGGGAGGUGGAUUACCUCUUCUGCCUUGAUGUGAACAUGGUGUUCCGGAACCCAUGGGGCCCUGAGACCUUGGGAGACCUGGUGGCUGCCAUUCACCCCGGCUACUACACCGUACCCCGCCAGCAGUUCCCCUAUGAGCGCAGGCGUGUUUCUGCUGCCUUUGUGGCAGACAGCGAAGGGGACUUCUAUUAUGGUGGGGCGGUCUUCGGGGGGCAGGUGGCCAGGGUAUAUGAGUUUACCAGGAGCUGCCACAUGGCCAUCCUGGCGGACAAGGCCAAUGGCAUCAUGGCAGCCUGGAAGGAGGAAAGCCACCUGAACCGUCACUUCAUCUCAAACAAGCCGUCCAAGGUCCUGUCCCCCGAGUACCUCUGGGACAACAGGAAGCCCCAGCCACCCAGCCUGAAGCUGAUCCGCUUUUCUACACUAGACAAGGAUAUCAGCUGCCUGAGGAGCUGACCACAGAGCUGGGGCUGCCAUGGGUAGAGACCCAAAGCCCUGCAGCCGCCAGCGCUCUGCUCACGUGCAGACCCGCCCCUGUCCCGCCUACCUUUGUCAGUCAGGCGAAUUCAGCCGGACAAUGGACAUGGAAAGGCCACUGUGAACUGCAGAGGGCUGUGCACACAGUAGAACACAAGAUCACACAGUAAUGUGGCGGAAGAGCGAUGGGGGCAGGGAGGGGAGGCGCGGUUACAAAGCAGGCCUGGAAAGCCGGUCGCGUUCUGCAGCUGUGCCUUUGCAGGGCAGACUGUGAAGCCUUAGUCUGACUCAGAGUGCCUGAACCCCACUGCGCCAGCCCCCUGUUUAUUGCAUAUUGCCCUUAACAUUGCAUUUCUAAUACCCUAGGGUGAAGAUGCCCUAGACCCCUUUUCUCUGGUCACAGGGGUCCUGGGUCCCUUGAUGUCCCAUAACCACAUGUAGCCAAUUCUUCACUCAGGCCCCCAGAGCAAGCCUUUGAAAUGGAGCGAGUCUAGGCUCCCUCUGGUUUCCUGCACCCCCAGGUGAACCGCACUCUCAGGGACUAGCCACCUCCUUCUUAAGAGGGUUUGGGGCAGUUUAUAAUAAAGGUGGCAUGUGCUC